AGACCCCACUUGGUGGGAUUAUACUGGGUAGUUGUUGUUGUUGUAUACUAGUUGAGGUUUUAGUCUUGUUAGUACGUUUGUAUUGAACAUAUGCUUUAAUAGGAGUAUUUUGACCUUAUCAUAGAUUUAUAUGCCAGGAAAAAUAUAGAAAACUUUUACUAUUACUACUACUACUAUUAUUAUUUGUAAAUAUAUUUGGCUAAUUUUUCACUAUUAUGUUUAUUUGGCAAAAUAAAUAAACAAACACUUAAAGUUGGUCCCAAAUGUAACUUGAAUACUCCAACUUAUCCAAUGGCAUCUAGGAUUAGAUUAUUUUAUGUGGGGCCCACACUACAUUUUUCAUUUUUACCCACAAUAUUUCUACUUCAUCAAAAUUUCAUCUCCUCCAACAACCUUUCUCACAGCACUACUCCACCAUCUUCUGCCGUAAAUCUACCACCUCUCUUUCAAUCUUGACAAAAUAAAUCAAUAGCGACUACAAUGCCAUAACAAUUCAUUGAGAACCAUAGCAACAUAACUCAAAAGCAUAGGAAAAAAUGAUAGAGGAAGCACACCGGAAUGGUGGCGACGAAACAAAGCAAAAAUGGAGCACCGACAGCUAUACACCAUUCACUGACGACAUUGCUUCCAUCUCUGGCUGACACAUAUUGGAGAAAUUGAAGCAGAUUGACUCGAAUCUAAUCUUCUGAAAAGUACAUAUGUACAAGUAAUCUGCAUCAUGCUUUCAGAUCGGGCUUGAAUUUUUUUUAUAGUGAUUUGACUUCAGAUUUGGAGCUAGAUUACUCACUCAUCAUCUUUUGGCUAUUGCCUUUAUAGUGUUGGGGCUAGAAUUUAAAAAUGGUAGAAAAACAAAGAUAAAUCAAAUGGGAGAAAAUGAAGAUGGGGACAAAGGGGUUUUGUUCUGGCAAGAAGAAGAACUUGGGGGUAGAGGAGUGGGGUUUGUUUUUGAAAGAUUUUUUGUUGUUGUGGUAUAGUUAUUGCAAAUUCUUUUUUAUGAUAUGUGGCAAUUUUUUUAAAAUGGCACGUGUCAUCAUGUCAUUUGGUCAUUUGACACGUCACCCACGAUGGGCCUUCAUGUGUGGGAUUUGACGGAUUUAGGUGUCCACGAGAUACACUGAGAGAAAGUUGAGGUGUCUAGAUAAUUAUUGGGUAAGUUGAAGUGUUCAACUGGUAGUUGGGGCUAACUUUAAGUGUUUGUUUAUGUAUUUAAUCUUUUUAUUUAGUUUGAUAAUGACAUGAGUUAAACUUAAAUGAGGUACAUGGUCAGUGAUGAUUUAUAUAACUCACCCCAACUUGUUUGGGACUGCGACAUAAUUGUUGUAUAGUAGAAUUAGUAUAAAAUAUAGAGAUCCAGGGGAAAAUCAAUAGGGUACACGAGAAGUUGACUGCUCAUAAUCACUCUCCUUGUUAAAUUUAUAAGAUAUGCUUCUUUUGGGACAUUGCAAAAUGUUUACCAUAAUAAGGUGCACUUUUUGAUACGGUCAAGGAUUUAAAUCCUUCAAGAAUAUUGAACUUGGACUGAUGUCCAAGGUUUUUUCUAGAACAAUUUUUACCACUAUCUUCCACAAUUUCUCACAUGAUAGGUGGGUUGCUCUCUUAAUCCUAAUCAUAUUAAACUAAUAGGUGUCAUAGGGACCUAUUAGCAAGUUAAUAUUUAUCAUUUACUCCUUCCAAUACUAGGGUAACUUGAAAGUAGAAGAAACAGCACCCGGUGUAGCGACAAGGAUGAUCUUGUCUCUUCGUGAGAGUCUUCAGGACUGUAAGGACACCCUUGCAUCAUGUCAGAAGUUGAAGCUGCAAAAUCUGAAAUACAAAAGUGGCGGUCUGUGUUUGAAAAGGAAUCUUUCAUACCACCUGGCAUGACACCUGAACCCAAGUUUUUGGUCAGUUAUCUUCUCAACCUCAGAUCAUCGGAGGAGUCAUUGCGUGAACAGUUUGAAAGAGCAAAGAAAAAGGAGUCUGCAUUUAUUGUGACAUUUGCCAAAAGAGAGCAGGAGAUAGCAGAGUUGAAGUUUGGGACCUUAGAGCUCAACUCAAGCCGCCGUCAAUGUAGGCACGGAAGCUAUUGCUGGAUCCAGCAAUUCAUGAAGAGUUCACUAGACUGAAGAAUUUGGUUGAGGAGAAGGAUAAGAAAGUGAAGGAGUUGCAUGAUAACAUUGCUGCAGUCAAUUUUACCCCACAAAGCAAAAUGGGGAAGAUGCUAAUGGCUAAAUGUAGGACACUGCAAGAG